GGGAGGGAAGGGGGGCGGGGGGGGUAGGAUAUCUGCCCUGCUAGCAGUUAGUAAGCUAACGGUAGGUCGCACUGGAGUAAACAUGGAGCUGUCCGCCGUCGGGGAGAGGGUGUUUGCCGCCGAGUCGAUCAUCAAACGCCGGAUAAGGAAGGGUCGCGUUGAGUAUCUCGUGAAGUGGAAGGGAUGGUCGCCCAAAUACAGCACCUGGGAGCCGGAGGAGAACAUCCUGGACUCGCGCCUGUUCGCCGCCUUCGAGCAGCGGGAGCGAGAAAGGGAGCUGUACGGGCCCAAGAAGAGGGGACCGAAGCCCAAAACGUUCCUGCUGAAGGCCCAAGCGAAGGUGAAGUCCAAGUCGUACGACUUCCGCAGCGACGCGGUCCGGGGGCUGCACGUCAGCUACCCCAGCCCGGAGCCGGUGGCCCCCCCCCGGGCCCGGGAGGGGCUGCGGGCCGUGGUGCCCACCAUCUUCCCCCCGAGCACCGUCAACCGGGGGGAGAGCGUCCGGCUCCGGCCGCCCGAGCUCAGCCUCCGCCCGCCCCCCCCCCACCACCACCACCACCACCACCACCACCAGCUGCACCCCCGGCCCAAAAAGAGGGGCCCCAAGCCCAGGCCCCGCUUCCCGGAGGCCCCCCCGGAGCACAGACUGGCCCACAGACACCCGGGGAGCUACAAGCACCCGCACAGGACUCGGCCGGACCCCCCCGCUCCCCCGCUGAUGAUGGACAGGCCCUACUUCCUGGACCGGCCCUCGCCGCCCCGGCUGGACGACGACCACGAGGAGGCGGGGGGGGCGUGGAGGCCCUGCCUCAGCACCGUGGAGGAGGUCCUGGUCACCGACGUGACCAGCAACCUGCUGACCGUCACCAUCAAAGAGAGCAGCACCUCCAGAGGCUUCUUCAGGGACCAGAGAUGA